CUGGUGUCUGUAGUCUGUUUACUGUUAGUAAAUCAGUAAUCGUCCGUCGUUCAACUGCUUGGUUUGUUGUUGACUGCAUUUGUGUUAGUGUAGUGUUCGCUUUGUUUUAUUCAAUGAUGCAAAUUAACCUAACCAACGUUAGUUUAUAAUACUAAUAACAUUUUUGAACAACGCAGUUGCCUAUGACAACUGUUGAACUACAAACAUACAUUUUUAAAAAAUAAAACCUUACGGCACUAAGUUUGCUUAGUAGGGCAGAACACCGGUAUUAUGAAAAUGUUCGGAUAAAAGAUGAGUUUAAUUUCAGUUGUAUUGAAAAACACGCCUGAUGAAUGGGAUAACCCACCAGUUUAUGACACGAGUUACAUACUUGUAGAAGUAAAAGACUAUACAAAUGAAUACAGAAAUAUAAGCUCAAAUUUCAAUUUACGAAUAAGAAAAAUUAGCAGAGUACAAAAUCCAUUUCAAUACGGCCGGUUUAUGUUACGGAAAGAAAUGCUUGGUGUUUAUUGCGAGACUAUAGCUUUUCACGGAGUACAUAGAAAUGAUUUACAAACAGCGCUGAAACAUACAUGCGAUUAUAGGCGAUAUACUCUACCAUUUGAGGAUGUUUAUGAUAAACAUCCAGUUUUUCACUCAACAUUCAGUAGUCUACUUGAACAAGUAAAUCGCUAUCAAGAUAACACACAUAAUUUGUGUGUAUUAAUUAUAAGUAGAAUUACAAGCCCAAUAAAAACUCAAUGUGAUUAUUACAUUAAGUAUGUUGUUGAAUUUGCUUAAAAUUUAAAUUUGUUUGUCCAUAUUAUUUUAAUGAACUGAUUAUUUUAUUACGUUUUUACUGUUUUUGAAUAUUUUACUCAUAUUAUACUAUAUUAUAUAAUAUCAUGACUAUAAUUAUAUUAGUCAUUAUAAAUAUUUAUGUGUAAUCCUAAAACCGGUUAAGUAAAUUAAUCGAAGUAGAGUUUUGACUGUCAUUAUACUUCGUAUUUUUAAUUACGCAAAGUCUACUUGAUUAUUAUAUGUAUGCAGUAUUUAUUAGUUAGAACUUAUAAGUUACUAAUGUAUCAGGACUGUUUUAAAUGUUAUUGUUAAUGAAAGUGUCAUUAAACGUAAUUUUUUCCUACUAUUUUUGUAAUAAGUA